UUCAGUGAAAAGAUCAGUGGAGCCGAAGGAACGAAAUUGGACGAUGAUUUUCAAGACAUGGAAAGGAAGAUUGAGAUCACCAACAAAGCUGUGGCAGAGCUUCUGUCCAAAGCCACGGAAUAUCUCCAGCCCAAUCCAGCCUACAGGGCUAGACUGGGAAUGCUGAACACAGUGUCCAAGAUCCGAGGGCAGGUCAAAACCACUGGUUAUCCCCAGACGGAAGGUCUGCUUGGGGAUUGCAUGCUGCGCUAUGGGAGAGAACUUGGAGAGGAUUCUGUGUUUGGCACAGCCCUGAUGGAUGUGGGCGAAAGCAUGAAGCAGAUGGCGGAGGUGAAAGACUCGCUGGACAUCAACGUCAAGCAGAACUUCAUCGAUCCUCUGCAACUGCUGCAAGACAAAGAUCUGAAAGAGAUCGGGCACCAUCUGAAGAAACUAGAAGGUCGCCGUUUGGAUUACGAUUACAAAAAGAAGCGUCUAGGGAAGAUACCCGACGAGGAAGUCAAGCAAGCUGUGGAGAAGUUUGAAGAGUCCAAAGAAUUGGCCGAAAGGAGCAUGUUCAACUUUUUGGAAAACGAUAUAGAACAAGUGAGCCAACUGCUGGUCUUCAUACAAUCUGCCCUCGACUAUCAUAAACAGUCCACGGAAAUUUUAGAAGACUUGCAGGACAAGCUACAAAACAGGAUAAACAUAGCGUCCAGUCGUCCGAGACAGGAAUUCAAGCCAAAGCCGGUGAUAAGAACGCCGCUGGAUGUCAGCCAUGGCCAACAGCAGAAUGGGGUUUCGUUCAGCCCAUCAGUGAAAUCAACAGGUUCUACUUUGCACCUGGACCAACCCUGCUGUCAAGCUUUGUUUGACUUCGAGCCGGAAAACGAAGGGGAACUUGGUUUCAAGGAAGGCGACCUCAUCACGUUGACCAACCAGAUCGAUGAGAACUGCUGCGGAUAUCCUUGUGUGAGCUGGCUGGUGUCCUCGUUGCCUCCGAGUGGUCUUUUCCUACGUGCGGCAUUCGACAAAAGCCUUGCUUCUUUCGGCCGACUUUUUUGUAUGCGUCUUUUAAAAAUGUAUUUAUUUUGUAUCCAUGUAGUUUGUACAUAUAUACAUACAUACAUAUAUAUAUAUAUAUUAUAUACAGAGUUCUUCCCUUUUGUUACAUGAAAAUGUGUGAGGGGGGAGAGAUGUCUUGACCUCCUUUGCUUUGUGCCUUGAAGAUCUGAGGUGUUUCUUGACAGUCGCUCCCCAAAAAGGGCAUUGAUGUGCUCUCGUGAGAUCAGAAAGCCAUUCGGCCAGCGACGAAUAUUUCUUUGUGGGUACAUUUUUUCCAAGCUAUUGUGGGCAAUGUUAACAGUCACUGAGCCACUUCUGUUACCCUUUAACUGUGAAAAGCUAAUACCCUGUCGUGCCCCUUGGAAGCGAAAAUGUCCCUGUUAACUCAGUAAAUGUCACAGUCAAAUUCUUAUUCUGCACUGACCAAAUGUAAUAAAGCAAUGUUGUGGAAAAACUGUAUCUGCUGUGCCUUGUAAC